AAAUAUUCUUAUCUGCCUACUGACUGUUAUCUGGAUUUUUAAAAACUGCAGCAAGCACAGCUGACCACCAUCUCAUCAUGUCUACUGAAGCUGAUACUACUUCUAUCAAUAGCCAGCCUGAGCAACAGGCUCCACCAAAAGCACAACCUUCAAAGAAAGAAAAAAAGAAGGGGCCAGAAAAGACAGAUGAAUCUCUCUUGGCCAGAUUCAAAGGUGAUGGUGUAAGAUACAAAGCUAAACUCAUAGGUAUUGAUGAUGUCCCAGAGGCAAGAGGAGACAAAAUGAGUCAGGAUUCCAUGAUGAAGCUGAAGGGAAUGGCAGUGGCAGCCCGUUCACAGGGUCAGCACAAACAGAAGAUCUGGGUGAACAUCUCCCUCACUGGUAUCAAGAUAAUAGAUGAGAAAUCUGGGGUCAUAGAGCAUGAGCAUCCAGUAAACAAAAUCUCCUUUAUUGCUCGGGAUGUAACAGACAACCGUGCCUUUGGCUAUAUAUGUGGAGGAGAAGGCCAGCACCAAUUUUUUGCCAUAAAAACUGCACAACAGGCUGAGCCUCUAGUUGUUGAUCUUAAGGACCUCUUCCAACUAAUAUAUAAUAUGAAGAAGAAGGAAGAAGAAGACAAGAAAAAGAAUGAUAGCGAAGCAUUACCUGCUCAUCAGGCUGACAAAAUGAAACUGGGAGUUGACCAGAUGGACUUGUUUGGGGAUAUGUCAACACCUCCUGAUAUGAGCAGUCCCACAGAAGCUAAAGAGAUUCUGUUAGUGGAUCUAAAUUCUGAAAUUGAGACCAAACAGACUUUUACAAAAGAGGAUCUCUUCUUGAAUGGCAUGAAAAACUCUCUUCCACAACCAAAGCCACAGCCACCCUUCUUACCUGAGAGUUCUUUCUCUACCAAUCUCAGCUUCUUUCCCACACCUAAUCCAGACCCUUUCAGUGAUGAUCCUUUUGCACAGCCAAACAAAUCUGCACCACCUUCAUUUGAUUCUCUAAAAUCUGCUCAUCAGAAGAAGGAAAGCCUGAGCACCUUCACACCAGUGGGUAAUGGUGCUUCAAAUGGUGAUAUUGACUACUUUGGUAAACAGUUUGACCAGAUUUCUAACAGAACUGGCAAACGAGAAGCACUAACAAGCCAGUGGCCACUUCAGAGUAAGUCACCUGCAGCAAGAGCUCCAAAUGGAGUACCUGAGAGAGAACAGAAUGGCUUUCUUAAAGCCCCGUCCAACCUGUUUGUGGAAGGUCCUUCUAAAGGAGUAUCUCUGCAGAAUGGAGUAAAGCUGGAUUCUGAAAGCAAUAUCCAGCUCAUGUCACAUGAGUCUAUAACAAUUAGCCCACCGCCACAAAGUACCAAGCCAGGAAGAGGAAGGAGGUCUGUCAAGACUGCAUCGAAUGACUUAUUUAGCUCAGACUUCUUUGUGCCAACUACAGAGAGCCUUAGCUUGACCUCAGUGGCACAAACAGGACCUGUGCCACUGGACCUCUUCAAAACAAGUCCUACUACGGCACCUCCAUUGGCUGGUCUAGGUGGCUUGCCAGUAACUUCAUCACCAUGGAGUGCACAGACACCUGCCUUCACACAGGCUGCAUCAGUCUUUCCUGGGUCUAUGAUACCUGCCCAGCCUACAGGAUUUACUCAACCACUUGCCUUUGGUACUCAAGCAGUGCCAAGUUGGAACCAGCCUGCAUCUUUUGGUCCAGCAGCCCCGCAGCCCUCUGGUCUCUGGGCACAGCCAGCUCAAGUUCCAUCUAGUUCAUGGGCACAGCCAUCCAGUGCUGUAAAUCCCUUCCAGAGUAGUGUGUUCCCACCUUCAACACUACCUGCUCAAAUGCCAUCUGUACUGCCCUCUAUGUCAACAACAACCAGCCCACCUCAGCCACCACCUAGAACUGCACCUCAGAAGGAGCUAUCCAAGAAAGAGAGUGAUGCUUUUAUUGCUCUGGAUCCACUUGGUGAUAAAGAGAUGAAGGAUGUCAAGGAAAUGUUCAAAGACUUCCAGCUGACAAAGCCACCUGCAGUACCAGCAAGGAGAGGAGAGCAACAAAACCUUUCAGAACCACCAAAGCCUGUUCCUCGACAAAGUGUGCUGCCAGCUGAUGGUCUGUUUGAAAGUCAAGCUAAAACAGACUUUUUCAGUGCCUCAUCUAAGGAAUCUCAGAAACCACCUUCUGGUCCUUUUGGUGAUCCUUUUGGCAACCCAUUUGCAUAG